GAGACGUUGGAAAGAGUCUGUCAUGUCUGGUCGUGGCAAAGGAGGCAAGGGGCUCGGCAAAGGAGGCGCCAAGCGCCACCGAAAGGUUCUCCGAGAUAACAUCCAGGGCAUCACCAAGCCUGCCAUCCGACGCUUGGCUCGCCGAGGCGGAGUCAAGCGCAUCUCGGGGCUCAUCUACGAAGAAACGCGCGGUGUUCUCAAGGUCUUUCUGGAGAACGUCAUCCGCGAUGCGGUCACUUACACGGAGCACGCCAAGAGGAAGACAGUCACGGCCAUGGAUGUGGUCUACGCCCUGAAGCGGCAAGGACGCACGCUGUACGGCUUCGGAGGCUAAGCUCCCUACAGCACAUCAUAUUAGUUCUCAAAAGGCCCUUUUAAGGGCCACUCAAAUGUUUCUUAGAAAGAGCUGUAGACACUGCUUAAGAACUUAACUCAAAGCUUUAAAAUCUUUAACCACUCCCGGGAUGGACCUUAAUCCGGGAUAGUCAAGUGCGGCAAAAAAUAAAUUAGUUACCCACCCUUUGGGAAGGUUCUAAACCUCAAUGGUUUCUAGAGAGUUUUGCGUAAUGACCGUGUCAUAUGCAAGACCAAGGCGAAAGUUAUUCACGAAGUGACUGGUGCCAACCUAACGUACCUUACUGGGUUGUUAGGGUGGGAAGGGCAGGCUGUAAACUGCCUUAAACUACUUGAAGGAAAGGUGGGGUAUAAGUAAAUAAAUGAGCUGGGUUGAAUGAGGUGCCACAGGGGAAGUAGGCAUGCUUUUUGUUCCCCAUUUGCUUCUUUCAAGUUGUACGCAGUUUGAACCAAUGAAAUGGUGAAAUUAUCAAAUCAGCCAAUCAGAGUGUGUGGCAAAUAUUACAAAAUGCAUGAGGCCUCAUUAAUCACAGAAUCAUAGAAUUGUAGAGUUGGAAGGGACCCUGAGAAUCAUCUAGUGCAUGGGUAGGCAAACUAAGGCCUGGGGGCCGGAUCCCGCCCAAUCGUCUUCUAAAUCCGGCCCGCAGACGGUCCGGGAAUCAGCGUUUUUUUACAUGAGUAGAAUGUGUGCUUUUAUUGAAAAUGCACCUCUGAGUUAUUUCUGGGGCAUAGGAAUUCGUUCAUUAAUUUUUUUCAAAAUAUAGUCCAACCCACCACAAGGUCUGAGGGACAGUGCACCGGCCUCCUGCUGAAAAAGUUUGCUGACCCCUGAUCUAGUGAAUCCCCCGCAACGCAGGAAUAUGCAGCUGUCCCAUUUGGGAAUCGAACUUGCUAAUAAAGCAUUAUUGAAGAAAGCUUUAAGUUGCCUGUUUAGAGGGCACCUAACGCAGCGCCUUGUGUAUAUAUAUAUACAUGUAAUAUUUCUGCUUUCGGAUACUCACUUAUUCCCUCCCCCCUUUUUUUUUUACUUCUGACAAUAGAUUCCUUUGCCCUUCCCAAAAGCAGGAUAGGAACACAGUCAUUAUAAGGAUCCGUGCUGCGUGAUGCAUAAAAGCAAUCAGGUAUGUUAGAUAACAUUUAUUUAGGGAAUUUACUUAAAGACAUUCCCAUGGAUUAGUUACCUAGUCAUGCUUUAUGAGCAGGGAGCAGGAACUAGGUGGAUUUCAUGUUUGCCCCAUUCAAUGCACGCCUGUGGCUGAAACGAAGGAUUGAGGAUGAGGAGGAUGUGUUAUUAUGGACACUUAGAUUCAUAGUAUUGUAGAGCUGGAAGGGACCCUAAAGUCAUCUAGUCACACCCUCAACGCAGGAAUCUCAGCUAUGGGCUACUAUUAAAAUGAGGCUGCAUUUUAAAUUGUAUCUUAACCUGCAUUUUAAAUUGCCCCCCCC